GAGAUCGACCAACCGGCAACCGCCAUCUCCGAUCUAGGAAUUCAGACAAAGUUCCCGAUUCGCCCUCGUCGCUGCCUCAGCUCCUAACACCCGGCGGCGCUUCACACGCAAGACGUAACCUCUAAGGCUCUAACUCUAAAAAUGGCUACUAAGUGAAAGAGAACACGCGGCGGAAUGGCGAGUCAUUGUCCGUCUCACGAUCUGAUUCCAUCCCAACAAAUACAAACUACAAAGUAGUACAAAGCGCGCACUUCAAGAUUACGAAUAACAAAAGCUACAGCGCGGUCAUCCCCAUUCUCUCUUACUGCCUUUUUCCUUCUACUCCCUUUCAACGACGACUAUCGGACUACGUCCACCACCACCAUGGCUGACGAAAGCUCCCGAGCCGAUCUUUACCGGGUCUUAGUUAGUCGGUUCCGAGACCUGGAGAUGAGUCACGUGAAGCUUCGAGAGCAGUUCGAAAUGUUGAUGCAGGAGAGAGAAGAAGAUCAGAGGGGGAGGGGACAUGGUUCGUCAGAUUCCGGUGAGGGUACGUCGGAUUCCGGAUGGGGUCACCUACCAGGUUUCUUCUUGUCGAGGACUCCGUACCGGAAAGUGUUGCAGUCUAUGGGGCACGCUGUUCACGUAUGCAAAAUUUCUUCUGGGGAGAUCAUUUUCUGGAAUUAUGCGGCAGAGAAACUCUAUGGAUGGACGGAAUAUGAAGUACUAGGACGAAGAGUUGUAGAUCUGCUGAUCAAUGAGGAAUAUUAUGCAUCCAUGGAGAAAAUCAUGGCAGGAUUAAGCAUUGGUCGAUCAUGGUCAGGUCAGUUUCCAUUUAAGAAGAGGUCCGGUGAAAUAUUUAUGGCGAUAGCGACAAAAAGCCCAUUAUAUGAAGAAGGCGAGCUUGUUGGUGUUAUUACUGUUUCAUGCGAUGCAGCUGUAUUUAAUAAUAUAAACUCGCAAAACCUAAGAACACAUCAAGAUCGUGCACACAGCCAACCUAGACAAUGGAAGCUUAACAUGAAAAAUAUUCAGUGGCAAUCUCACCCACAGAUUGCACUGGUGCCACAGAUUGCAUCAUCUGUUUCAAAUCUGGCAUCAAAAGUAUUCUUACGUCAACAUGGAGAUAAUACUUGCAGUACAUGUACAAAUGCCAAAAACAGGGGAGAGCAGGUCCUAGAUACUGAACAUAUGGAAUCAAUGAAGACCAAAACACAAGCAGGCAAGGUCCUAGCAAAGUAUCUUAUGAGAGGAAGAAACAAUGAUGCCCAAAAAGACUGUAAAAGUGUUCUAGCACAUGGUUCAUCCAAUGCUCAAUCCAGCAAUUCGGGGGUCAUUUUUCCAAACUUGCAAAGAGGUUCAUGUUCCAGUUAUGCUGCUCAAGGAGUACAUUCAAAUGGAAAUGUGGACAUAGUUCAAAAUGCUUUUGAGGAAGGUUCUUCUUCCUCAACCAAUAAAUCCACUGUUUUGACUUCUGGGUUGGAGUGUUGCAAGUGCUCUAUGUCCAGGCCUGAAAUUCUGUUGCCCGUAUUGGAUCUUCAACAUGAUAGGAAGGAGGAGCCACAAACUAAUACAGAGAAGUCUGAAGACUCAGAAGUAGGUUCUACAUUAGGACAAAAGCCAGAACUUACACAGUCUCCACCUCUGUUGAGCUCAGGACUAAGUGUUGGUAAUAGCCAUGGAAGUUCAUCAACAAAAGGAGAUAGGGAAUCACACUCCACUGCUAAUUGUGAGAUUAAUUGGGAAGAUCUGCAUAUAGGGGAGGAGAUUGGGCAAGGUUCAUUUUCUGUUGUAUAUCGAGGAAUGUGGAAUGGAUCGGAUGUUGCCAUAAAGCUUUACUUUGAGAAUGAAUAUCGUGAAGAGAUUUUACUGGACUAUAGCACAGAGAUUGAUAUAAUGAAAAGAGUUAGACAUCCAAAUAUAUUGCUAUUCAUGGGAGCGGUGUAUUCACCUGAGAGACUUGCCAUAGUGACUGAGUUCCUACCCAGGGGAAGUCUUUUCAGGACAUUACAUAGGAACAAUCUGACAUUAGAUAUAAGACGGCGUCUGAGGAUGGCACUUGAUGUUGCUAGAGGUAUGAAUUAUUUGCAUCACAGAAAUCCACCAAUAGUACAUAGAGACCUCAAAUCUUCAAACCUACUUGUUGAUAAAAGUUGGACUGUCAAGGUUGGGGACUUUGGCCUAUCAAAAUUGAAGGAUGCAACUUUCUUGACUGCAAAAUCAGGAAGAGGAACACCCCAGUGGAUGGCUCCUGAAGUCCUCCGGAAUGAUCCUUCAAAUGAAAAGUCUGAUGUGUUCAGUUUUGGUGUCAUACUGUGGGAGUUAAUGACUAUAUCCAUUCCAUGGGUCAACCUAAAUUCCUUGCAGGUUGUUGGCAUUGUUGGUUUCAUGGAUCGUAGGUUAGAUUUACCAGAUGACCUUGAUCCUCGUGUCUCAUUGAUCAUCCAUGAUUGCUGGCAAAGUGAUCCUGAGAAUCGACCUUCAUUUGAAGAGAUCAUACCAAGGAUGACUGGUCUAAUCCAGACAUUUGGAGCAGUGCCAGCUUAGAGGGGCUCAGAACUUUAGCGAUGUGCAGGAGUCUGCUUUGAGUGCAUUUAGAUUUAAGGAAUCGGUGCUUCUUCACACAAAUGGCGGUAAUGCAGUUGAGACAUCACAGUCAACCAUUAAGGGAGGUUUUAGUGUUUACAAAUGGUGUUUAAUUGUAUUUCGAUAUGUUUAUGCUGAAUACACAAAAAGAAAAUAUAUUUGUAAUUGAUUUUGUUUAUACAGACAUGGAAAGAUGAUGGCCAAUCAUGAGCACAGUUCCAAAAAGUCUCUUAAAAAAGAAGAGGGAAGAACAAUUGUAUUUUUUGCAUAGAGCAAAUUUUAUUUGUAAAAAAUUAUCUCUAUUUGUAUGAAAAUCCUAUUGAUGGUGUUAUUUUAA